CCGAUAGCCCGCCAAUUUCUCCGCGCGCGCGCCCCUCUACAACCGCCGCGAGGGCUUCUGGCGCCAUUUUGUAUGGCGUUCGCCUCCUUCUGCUCGAAGAGCCGUUAGAGCCGUGAUGGCGCCCCGGGAGAGACUUCUGCCGCGCGGGGGAGAGCCAUGGUGAGGGUGGGAGCCCUGGCGAUGGCUGUGCUGCUGCUUCUGGUGCCGGCCUCGGGGCACCCCGCCCUCGCCCGCCGCCUGCGCGAGCUUCGGCCGGGACAUGGAGUGAAGUAUCAACAAGUAUCAAUCACAACUGUUAAAAAUUAUGCAUACAAAACAUCAGUGAACGUGAUCUUAAAUCAAUCAACAUUGAGAAGGAGCAGCAGAAAUUUGAAAAGUUUCAAAAGAAAUUUAGAAGUACCUAGAAAAAAUGAUUAUAUGAACUGUCAACAAACAAACAUGCUAAAACGUGUAAUUCCUUCUAGAAGAAAAUUAUAUCUAAUUGCAAGGAGAUGCACACACAUUUCUAGAAGGCAUCUAAAAACAAACAAACAUAUUCAAGGGGGACAGUCAAGAAAAAUGUGGAAUACAAUUUUGAAUAAUAGGUUUCAAUUGAAAAUGAAAUGCCACAGUAUAGUUAAUGUUAGAAUUAAACCUGACACUAAAAGAAUUGAGGAAUCACAUAUAUGUGUUGAAAAUAAAUACAUAGAAACUGUGUCAUCACUGAGUUGUUUAGCACUUCAAGCAAAUUUUAUAUUAGAUGCUGUCCUAAAAUGUCAGGAAGUUUUUGAAAACAUUCUGAAAUUAAAGUUAAAUCAAGUACGAAUGCUAAAACAACAUAUUAACACAGGCAUGCUGCAAAUGAAAAAAUAUAAACAAUAUAAUGAUCAAAUAUCAGAUCAUAGCAAAGAAUAUUCUAAAGAAAACAGAAAUGCUUUUGAUAAAAUUAAUUAUGGAAUGUUUACUGAUAGACUAAAAGAAGUUAUUUCAGAGAAAGAAGGCCAAUAUAUGGAUUUUGGAAAUUAUGUGUUAUCAUGUCAAAGUUUUCAAUGGACCACAAGCUUUCCCAACAGAGAAAUGAUGAAGGUGUGGAAACAGAAAAUGCUAGCUAAAAAAAACAUGAAUGAAAACCACAGGUGUCUGUUUGUGCAUGCAUGUACUUAUCAAAGAAAUAGUGAUGUACAGAAGAUGUUCUCAACACAUAGCAUGUCUAAUAUUCAAGGAAAUGACAUAUUCACAUUUCGAAGACAAAUGUACAGAAAUAAAAAACUAAUUGGAAAAUGGAAAAAAGUGCAAAUGCAACCUUCUGUAAUACAUCCUGCCUUUCCAACUAUUAAGAUAACUAUAGAAGUAUACUGUGGAAAAUUUAAUUCAGAAGUCAAUCCAGCAAAACCAUCAGUUCUUAUGAUGAACACACUGCAAUAUCUCAUACACUCCUCCCAGAGAGGAAAAAAAUAUUCUAAUGUUACCCAGGAGAGAUAUAGAAUUAAAAGUUUGAAAGCCCAUAUGGUAAGAAAGCAUCUUGAUACAGAAGAUAUAUUUCUCUGUAAACACAUUUCUAAUAGUCCAUUGGUUGUUAAAAGAACCAAACGAUCAGCACAAGGAGGAUCUGUACCAGUACCUGUAGAUGUUCUGAAGCGUUUAACCUCUGCUCUUAUAGCAGUUGCUACUAUUUUUGGGAUAGCUUUCCUUGCUUUGGCAUUAACAGGUUGUUACCUGUUUGAUAAAAGAAGGGAGCUUGGUCGGGUUUUUGACAUAAAGUUGAAAAAUAGAAAACCAAAAAAACAUACAAAACCUGUUGAAAAUCAAAGUUCCACACCUAUCUCUGUUUCACAAAGGUUUCAUUUAGCACAAUCACAGGGAUCAAGAAGAAAUCAGACAGCAUUGGCAUCAGUGACAGCUGCUGAAGCUUACUCCAUAAAGGAAUCUGAUUUCAUUAUUGUGAAACAAAUAUAUGACAACUCUGAUUCAGAAGACAGUUCAGGAAUGUCACAUGAUCAUCAUGGUUUGACUGUAAAAUCCAGAGCGUAUGUGUUUUCUUCUCGGUCCAAUGAGAGCAUAAGAUCAUUCUGUGGUGAUGUAGGUGAUCUUUCCUCUUCAUUACCUUCCUCAGCAGAUGAAAUUAAAACAAAGAAUAGCUUUACAAAUCUACCCAAUUCUAUUGUAAAAGGGAAAGAAUCAGUGCCUCAACCAGAAUCUUCACAUGAUAACCAAGAACAGUGUACCUCUGGUGAUUUAUUAUUACAGCUAAAGAGAACAAAAGAUUCACCGGAACUGAGCUUUUCAGAUGAAAUCACAAUAGAGAAUCAAGUCUCAAAUCCAUCUGCCACUACUCCAAAAGAAAAAGAAAUGUUUCCUGUUAUACCUCAGCCAGACUAUUUAUGUGGUAAUCAAGAACAAUGUACUACUUCUAGUGAUACAGAACCACAGCUAAAGAAAACUACAGAUUCUUCACAACCUUACUUGUUAGCCGAAAUCACGGUAGAAGACCAGGUUUCAAAUAUGCCUACCACUAUCCCAAAAGAAGAAGAAUUGGUUCCUGUUGUAACUCAGCCAGGAUGUCAUAAUUACAAACAGUGUACAUUUAGUGAUGUUCCACAGCUAAAAGGAGACUCGAUUUCAAAAUCAAAAUCUGAAAAUGACAUAAGGCUUUCUUCUUGUAGAGGACCAUAAUGUAUCUCGGUCAUUGACUCGUCUUUAUAAAUGUCCAUGACCAGUAUCCAUUUGUCUCAUUCAAUAUUUUUAAUCUUACAACCGAUGAUCCAGUUAUCCUCUAAAAAACAAUUAUUUCAACAAAUAUGCAUACAUAUGAAUGAAGAAAUAGACAGUCCCUGAAUAGUAGGAAUAUGUCUAAACCGUUUUAAAAUGUUUUAUUCAUAUUUGGCAACAUUUUCUUUCUUAGAAAUUAAAUCUAACUAAAUGUAUUCAAUGUUAUAUUAACUUGGGUAUGAGGAGGAAAUUAUUUUGUUAUCAAGAUUUAACAUGAAUCUAUUUUUGUAUUUUCCUUUCACGGCUAUAAAAUAGUAAAUCUGGAGGAAUGAUUAAAUAUUAGGUUUCUGGUGGCUAUUUGAAUUUUAAAAACUUAUCAGAAUAAAACACAUUUUUUGUA